UCAUUUCUCAGCUCCGGAGUUGUCCCUUCGGGAACAUAGGCAGCCAUAUAUGGCAUGCGUCGUCGUGCAUGGAACGGUACGGCAUGGACGGGGGUGGUCCCCGAACCCCUGAAAAUGCGCUAAUGUCUGCUAAUGCCAGGGGGGAAAUGGUGGACAUGGAUCCGCUGCCAUGCACUUUCUGCACGUCUGCACGCGACAAACUGCAGCAGCUCGCCAACCCGCUGGUCCCGGAAGGGCGGAAGUGGCCCGGGGGCGACAACAAGGUUGAACCUUUUCGCGGAGGUCACACGGCGGCAAGAUGCCUCCUUUUUUGUCCAAUUCCAAUCUCUAGCGGCCUUCCAGAAGCAUCCGAACAUGUACGAACGCAGUCGGCGAUAUGCGAUUUUUCACCAUUGCUCCAUGCCGAUUUCCACCCUUUUCACAAACGGCCACAUGGGAGCAAAAAGGAUGGACAUGACACGCAGGACAGGCAGUACCGUCAACACUGUAUGCGCGCAACAAAAGCUGGUGGCCGGUAAUACAAAGCGGCAGCUACAGAGCGCUAGACCAGGGGCAACAGGGCCGGGCCCCAUGUGGAAUCCCCCGAAAGGGGUUCGUCCAAGGGCGAAUUUCCUGAUCUCAAUACACGUACAGUACACCCGCCUCCUCCAUUUUCAACAAUGACAGCGUCAGCGACAUAAACCUCAGCAUUAAUACCAACAAUAUGCCAUCCUGACUCAGCGAAGAGGCUAUUUGCAGGCUAUGCCCCGAGCU